AUGAAGUCCUUCGCUGCCCUAUCCUCUUUGCUCCUGGUCGCAUUCGCCAAUGCGCAGGAGAUCCAGUCGAAACCCUUCAACUUGGUCCUUUCGUCCGCCGACAAGGAUCUCAAUGGCCAGAAGCUUUCUGCCUGCCACUCCGGUGCUGCCAUUGAAUCACUCUGUCUGGCCGGCGACAACGGCUCGCAGUUCUUUUUGAACACCACGAAAGGCGCCCAGUCUCCUAUCGACGGACUCGAGCCUUCUAGCACUCUUAUCUGGAAACUGCCCGUCGGUAACCUACCAGAGCCUGUGCCUGAGCCCAUGAGUUUCUACGUGGACCCCUCCAGCAACGUCGCCUUGCCCAUGUUUCAGCCGGGCUAUGACCAGCAGCAGGUCAUGUUCGACGAGAAAAGCCAGAUGGGCAUUUACACCUAUCUUGAUGAUACCGUCACCCCGCCCACUGCCCAGAACGUCACGAUCCUGAAGAACUGGUACGUUUGCCAGACGUACUACACUGGGUAUACCUACGAGACCCUGGCUUGGGCUCUGGGUAAUGAGUCUGCCAAACCCCAGAACCCAAGCUGUGUCAAGGUCCAGGUUCAACGCAAGAAUCUCUAG